UUUUCCAAUUGCAUAGCGCCACUACUGGCACGUGUGAUAAGGCUCGUAGUAGCACGUACCUACAGCGAGCAAGUCUCUACACGUUAGUGGCGUUGAACCGGCCGUCGGCCGAGAUGGCAUCACCACCCGUCGGCGCCUGUGACCGCCGGGAGGCAAGGUUGUGCGCGGUCACCGGCGGGCGGGGGUUCAUGGCGAGGCAGUUGGUGGCGGCGCUGCUCCGCUCCGGCGAGUGGCGGGUGCGGAUCACCGACCUCGCCCCCGUGGCUGUUCUUGAACCUGCCGAGGAGGAGGGGAUCCUCGGCGCUGCCCUCCGGAACGGCCUUGCUGUGUACACCUCCGCCGACGUCUGCGACUUAGCCCAGCUUACCCAAGCCUUCGAAGGGGUAGAAACUGUUUUCCACACUGCUGCGCCGGAUCCUCGCAAGAACGACUUCCAGCUUCACUACAAGGUCAGCGUCGAGGGGACAAAGAAUGUCAUCGAUGCUUGUACCACAUGCAAGGUUAAAAGGCUCAUAUACACUAGUUCGAGCUGUGUUGUAUUCGAUGGAGUCCAUGGCCUCUUUAACGUGGAUGAAUCAACGCCAUAUCCAGAUAAGUUUCCCAACGCAUACUUACAUACGAAGGCAAAAGCUGAGAAGCUAGUAAUGAGGGCGAACACAAAUGGUGGCCUUCUCACUUGUUGUAUACGUCCUAGUUCCAUUUUUGGUCCUGGUGGUAUAAUAGUGCCAAAUUUAGUUCGUUAUGCAGCAACGAUGUUCAUUAUUGGUGAUGGCAAGAACGAUGAUGAUUUUGUGUAUGUCGACAAUGUGGCGCAUGGUCAUGUUUGUGCCGAGAGAACUCUCUCUACAAAAGAGGGUGCAAUGACUAUUGGAGGCAAAGCGUACUUUAUAACAAAUACAGAGCCAAUGAAUUUGUGGGACUUUUAUUUUAUGGUUUUGGAAGAACUUGGGUAUAAAAGGACCAAAAUAAGAAUAUCUUCCCAUCUUCUAGUGCCAAUAGCAUAUGUGCUAGAUUGGAGCUACAACAAAAUAUUAUCUCACUAUGGAAUGUCUGAACCUCCUAUGCUCACACCGACGAAUAUUAAGUACUUGACAUUGAACAGAACAUUCAAUUGCAACAAAGCUACUCAAGAACUUGGUUACAAACCGAUCAUCUCCCUCCAGGAGGGUGUCAAGAAAACUAUUGAGCACUAUCAUGACUUAAGAGCGUGAGAUAUGCACAAUGAUCUCGAAAAUAUAAAGUUGGCCCAUCAUUGGGGAAAAAGCAAUGGAUUGAGCAACUAUGGUGAAUUGUUAUGCGUUAGUGUGCCUAUUUUCUUGUUUUUCUUCCUUCUCGUGUGGAUCACGAUGUUGGUUGGUACCCAAAAUAAACUUUGUAUGUCAGUUUGACGCAUGCAACGAUGAUGCCUUAUGUUCCAGCAGGCUCUUCCAUUAUCGAUGUCAGUUAGGACAUGUAAAUUUCUUAAGUGUUUUUCAUUGCCUUGUGAUUUUACCGGGACAAAUAUAGAUGUUUCUUUCUAUGAGUACUUAAUCACGUGAUAUGUAUAACGUGUUAUUUAAAAUAGUGUAUUUGUAUCAAA